UUUUCUGCCUCAUUUGCUGUCUGACUUCAGCUGCGAGCGGACAGUUUGUUUUUCUCAAAAUUUCCGCUUAUCUAUCAUUUUUUUUGUACAUUUCCAUAAGUCUAGCCGCUAAAUAAGCAUUAAUGCUAGAGUGUUAGAUGUGAAUAGACAACUAAGAAAGUGUAUUUGACAGUGUUUUUUUGACGCAUAACCUCGCAUUUGGUGAUCUGGAAAAAAUGGGGAAACCCGGAAAAACAUCCAAGAAGUCAAAGAAGCAUCACAAGAAGAGGAGUUCUAGUGAAGACAGUGACUCAUCUCCAGAGCCUUCGCCAAAGAGAGUGGCUCAGAGGGAGCCUGAGAACAAGCAUCAUCGCAGGCGAGACGCUUCGGACGAUGGCAAAGGAGUCUCGUCAAAAUGGGACAGCCCCGAAGAGAAUGCUUCUUAUCACAGGAGGCACCAGAAGAGGAAUUAUGAACCAUACAGACAAGAGCAGGAAGACAAUCGCCAGGCCGGAAGGCGUGGCAAUAGAGAACAGCAUGAUGACCGCAGGGAUCGGCCCGGGAAGCGUUACAGGCAUUCUCCAUCUCCCAAAUGGGACCCGAGGGACAAUCGGCGGCGGCACGAAGAGCAUCACGUGGAGGAUCAUCCACGGAGGAGCAGAGAUGAGGUUCAGGAGCGCGGCAGGAGAUAUCGGGAGAAUCGGGAGGAGAGAUUCGAAGUGCGCCGGGAGGAUCGCGAUGGACACAAGGAGAGAUUCCAUGACAGAGAAAGGAGGUGUGAUGACGGGAAGCGUAGACGAUCGGAUCAUCGCAGUCGCAGUCCGAGGCGUAAUUUUCCGCGACAGGAAGAGGACGAUCGCAAGUACGAGUGGGGAAAGCGUGAGGACAAGCCAUUUGGGGACCAGAAGGAGCCCGCAGAGAAGGAGAAGCCGAAUUUCGGGCUCUCGGGGAAGCUCACAGAAGACACAAACAAGGUCAACGGUGUGGUGAUAAAGUACGCGGAGCCUCAGGAGGCGCGCAAGCCUAAGCGUCGGUGGCGCCUGUACCCGUUCAAAGGCGAGACGGCUUUGCCCACGAUGUACAUCCAUCGGCAGAGCUGUUUUCUCAUCGGACGUGACCACAAAGUGUGCGAUUUGCGCGUGGAUCAUCCCUCGUGCUCAAAGCAGCACGCGGCGCUGCAGUAUCGCUUGGUGCCCUUUGAGAGAGAAGACGGAUCCGUGGGUAAGCGCGUGAGACCCUACCUGAUCGACUUGGAGUCCUCCAACGGGACCUUCGUAAACAACAAUCGCAUCGAGGCUCGGAAGUACAUUGAACUCCUCGAGAAGGACGUCAUCAAGUUUGGCUUCAGUUCCCGAGAAUACGUGCUAUUGCAUGAGAACAGCGUGGAAGAGACUCUGGAUGAUGAUGUGAAUCUGGAGCUGGAGCAGCAGGAGAUCAAGACAGAGCCAACAGAAUGAUAGUUGGUGAGUUUUCUCAAGUGUAUAAGUUUUUGUUGAGGUACAACAUAAUAAAAUAAGCGUGAAAGUUGA